UUCUACUUAUAUAUGCAUUACAAAUUCACAAGAGCUCUGCAGUACUUCAACUGACCCAACCUCUGUCAAUCUUUCUCUCCGAGUAAAUAUGGAGAAGAUGAACAAGUUUCAACUUGUAAAAGCAACAGUUCUCCUUCUCCUUCUCCUCGUCAUUCCUUUUGUGUCCUCCUCUAUGAGGCCUUCCUACCUCUACUUCCUCCUCAACAUCUUAAUCCUCUCUCUUGGUAUUGAAGCUGGCUUUCACGCUGCCAUUUCUAACCCUCGCGAUGAAAAGAAGCCAGCGAUAUCGUCAUCCCUUGCCGUCGAAGUUUUUUUGCCAACGAGUGAUGGCGGUAUCGAAACUGGGGGGAUGAAAGAAGUAGCAGUCAUGAAGAAGCCGGCGGCGAUGGCCGAGAAGAUAGUGGCAAGUGCAACAAUAGCAGUGAACAAGUUGAAGAAGUGCCCAUCAGUUCCUAGCCUUUUUUUCAUUGGUAGCUACGAGACUGUAGAAGAGGAGACGAAGUCUGAAUAUGAGCAGGAGGAAGAAGAAGAGGGGGUAAUGGAAGCAGAGUUGGGAGAUAAACUAAAUGCUCAAGAGCUGUUUUCUAAGGCAGAGAUGUUCAUUACUAACUUCUACAAGCAGCUGAAGAUGCAGAGGGAAGAGUCUUGGAAGAGAAUUCAUGGCUUUUAUCACAAGGCUUUUUAGGGAGAAAGCUUUGAAAGUAGUGCACGCCUACAUGCAUGUCAUUGCUUAUGCGUUCAGAAUAUUUAGUUGGUCAGUUGGUCUUAGUAGGGUGUUAGGAUUCAAUAUAUAUGAAAGUUGUGGUUGAUGUUUUUAAGGUCAAAAUAUGGUUUAUUAGCUAUGGCUUGAUUGGGAUUAGUGGCUGGGUGAAAGAGGGAUAUAGGGAGGAGAAGCCAAUCUAUUUUCUUUGGUGCCUCCAAUUCUUUCUUUCCUUAAGUAAUUUGUAUUUUAUAAUAUUUCUUAUUUAUGAUUUA